UUUUUGUCACAUUCCCACAUUAUUUCUCCAUCCUUUGCACACCUGGUGCCACAAUGUUGCGGUGUAUGGGGAAAUAGCACGUAGUAGCAGACCAUCCCUCUCGUGUGUUUCAUACCUGAAAGCCGCAGCAGUUCCUCGGUGGUCAGUGAUGGCAAGCUGCACACGGAGACGCGGCCAGCACUUCUUAGUUCAAAACGAAUACUUGCAGAGGGCGCACACACAGGGUUACCUCCGGUUCCAAGCUCAAACUCCUCCAAUUAAAUUAGUGCUUAAACAGACUGCAUCGUAUUAAUCAACCAUACGUGGAACGCGGUGUCCAAAGUGAUCCCAUUUAACGUACACACUUAAGGACCCUAACCCAAUUGCAGUCUCACUGAGGGUCCUCUCUGUACGCGUAUGAGAAAUUUGUGUUUUGUGCCGCAAACUUUUUGCGCAAAAAAACUAUUGUUGUGAAGAAAACUAUAUACAUACAGAGAGCCGAAAAAAAGGCUGGAUGUGAACCAUAUUCAAAGUGAUUGCAACUUAUUACUUUUAAAUGCAAAGAAACUAAAGAGAAGAAAAAUAUUGUGCUCUAGGAUUUUUUUUGAUAGCUUGUCUUGUUGUGUGAAGUGAUCUCGGUGAGAAAGUUCGUGUUAAAUAAACACAUAAACAUGAUUCAAAUCAGAAACUUAUGAUGGAAAUUAAUCACGUCAGUAUCUCUUCACCUUGAACUCCGUGGUAGGAAAAAAGGGCCAGAAUAUUAGAGAGUCUUCAUUACACUUAUACGCGGUGUGAGACAGGAGAGUAAAAGUGAUCUUCAGCAGCUAAAGAGACGCACGGGAAAGGUGUGUUUGAAGAAGAAGUAGAGGAAGUAUAUUGGCGGGGGAGGUAAAGUGAAGUGGACACACGGUGGUGAUUUUUUUGCUGACAAAGUGAAUCUGGAUCGGAUUGGUGUGGCGGGUUGCUUUGAGGCGCCAUCGAGAACGGGGCUCCCAUGUGUGGAAACGGGUGAGCCACAUCCGACCAGUGCUCACCUGUUUCACCACCAGCCUGUCACGGUGCUGCCGUCGACGUCGGUGGAUGAUCCAAAGACCCCGACGCUGGCUGGGGUGACGACCGCAUUGGCUAUUCCGGGCAGUGGUGGCCACACGAGUGCACUAGCAAUGAGUCAACUUGGGACGGUGUACGCCACCAAGCGGCGGAGACGCAACGGGAAGAGCUUAAAACCACCCCCCAAAGAUGGUGUAACGAAGAGCAACCCCUCGAAACGCCAUCGGGAGCGUCUAAAUGCGGAAUUGGACCUCCUUGCCUCGCUGCUGCCAUUCGAACAAAAUAUCCUUAGUAAAUUAGAUCGACUGAGUAUUCUUAGGCUAUCCGUUAGUUAUUUAAGGACGAAAAGUUACUUUCAAGUGGUGAUGCUAAAGGAGAAGGAGGAGAACGGUAUGCUGUCCCACCUUCACUCCCACGAUAGCUACCGAAGUCGAGAAUUGGGUGUUCUCGAACACAAUCUCCUGGACGGCGAUAUGUUCCUUCAGGCCCUUAAUGGUUUCCUAAUGAUUCUCUCAUGUGAGGGCGAAGUCUUCUUCGCAACGCACAGUAUAGAGAGCUAUUUGGGCUUUCAUCAGUCCGACAUUGUUCAUCAAUCAGUGUAUGAGUUGGUGCAUUCGGAAGAUCGGGAGGAGUUGCAGAGGCAGCUGCUGUGGAACUCCUUCCUGCCACCGGAUAUGGCUGGAUUGAGUCUAGCUGAAGCCCUUUCGCCGGACAAGUGCAAUUUGCUCGAGAGGAGCUUUACUGUGCGAUUUCGAUGUCUCCUAGACAACACAUCGGGAUUUCUGAGGCUGGAUAUCCGGGGGCGCGUUAAAGUGCUCCAUGGGCAGAAUCGGAAAACAGAAGAACCACCCCUAGCACUAUUUGCCUACUGCACCCCCUUUGGCCCUCCGAGUCUCCUGGAAAUUCCGCAAAAGGAAAAUAUGUUCAAGUCGAAGCACAAAUUAGAUCUAGCGCUGGUAUCAAUGGAUCAACGAGGGAAGCUGAUUUUGGGGUAUUCGGAUGCAGAACUCGCCAAUAUGGGAGGUUACGAUUUGGUACAUUUCGAUGAUCUCUCCUAUGUGGCGAGUGCCCAUCAGGAAUUGCUAAAAACUGGUGCAUCAGGAAUGAUUGCAUAUCGUUUCCAGAAGAAGGAUGGCGAAUGGCAGUGGUUGCAGACAAGUUCCCGCCUUGUGUACAAGAAUUCCAAACCAGACUUUGUGAUAUGCACCCAUCGGCAGCUAAUGGAGGAAGAGGGUCGAGAUUUGCUGGGUAAGCGGACGAUGGAUUUUAAAGUCAGCUACCUGGAUACUGGCCUAUCGUCCAGCUACUUCACCGAAGCCGACCAAAUAGUCGUCCCACCGACUGGUUCACCCAACUCCCUGCCACCACCUGUGACGCCACAGCGCACCAAUCGACGCUACAAGACGCAACUUCGUGACUUCCUCUCCACAUGCCGUUCCAAGCGCAAAUUGCAGCAACAAUCACAACUGGGACAAAUCACACCUCCAGUUCCUGUUGUGGAGUACAUCCCCGAACCAACCAUUGCUGUUGCCACAUACCCCAAUCUCAAUCCAAUGUACUCAACGUCACCGUACCCGCCCACACCAGAAAACAUCUACAUGACACCCUCGGUGCACUCAACAAACUUCUAUUCCGUUCCUGAGAAUCUCUUCCACCAGUACCGUCUUCAGGGUGUCAGUGGUUACUAUCCGGAGUACCAUCAUUCACCUGCACCCUCACCCUACGUCACAAAUGGCUUCCUACCCUACGAAGGCUACGGGUUGUCAGCCAAGGAGGAGAAAUGGCAGGAAAGUGGGAAAUACUAUCCAGGAACUGAUGUUACGAGUCGGAGUCAUGUAUACGCCUCCAGCUACGGAAGUCCCACAACGCCACAGGUAAUCCCACCCAAUCUGAAAACGCCAAAAUCCUCCCCGCCCAUUAUGGAUGUCGUUUCGUGCUCAUCUGGUGGUCCAUCCCCGGUGAAUGCUUCCCCCGCGGGAUUACCGCUCAAUUCAGCACCAUCCGGUGGGGCAUCCAAUCAAACUACACCCGUUUCAGCUUCCAGCACACUCGCCACCACAACUCCUUCCAGCAACAAUGGCAUCGUCACACCCAAAGUCGAAAGCUCCCCACCGGAGCACUACGAGCGCCAAACUGUCCUCAUGUGGGGUGCAACGGGGACACAGGCGAGCGCACGUUCACCCAGCACAACACCCACAUCGAAUGGCAUGUACAGCGAGACUCAUCACCUAAAGCUCCACAAUCAGAUGGUCAUGUCACCCGCUCUGGAAGAUUCCCACCAUCAUGGCCAUCACAAUUCCCAUCUAAAGUGGAAUGGCUCUACCAGCAAGGAUAUCUCGUAUCCCGUGCAUCAGGGGCACCAUGAAUCGCCGAAUCUCGAACAUCCCGCCAGUACGGCUGCAAUGUAUGCCCAGGUAAGCCAGGCGGCGGGCAUUGGGCAUCACGGGGCCAUCGUGGGCAACGAGGUGCUCCAUCAAUCGCCACAGGCACCAGCAACACCCCAGGGGGGCACCGGUGCCCAGACGCAGGCGGUCGUUGGGAGCAGUUGCGAGGUAUGGAGUCCUGCAUCAUACUCGCAAUACCAGUAUUUCACUUAUCACCAUGCUCCUCAGCACGCAAGCACUCAGUCAUCAUUGGGCGACACCACCCAGUCACACUAUCUAUCGCGCAACAACGGCUACAUGGAGCAUCGCCAACGCGCCACCAUAUCUCCAACAUCACCGCUCACGCAUACGCAUCCAACUCGUUCCCCGAUCACGCGGACGGGAGUCCUCUGUUGUCCUUCUCUGAGGUGACCAACACUCUCCUGAAUCAAUGAAGGAUUUCCCAACUAAAUUGGGAAAAGAAAAGAAAGUCGCACAGUGUGCAAGACGCUGUGCUGUUUUCUUCUAUUUUGUGUGCAAUGUGUUAAGGAAAAGCAAAGAAAUUUUAUCGAACAAACAGCCACAGAGUGUUGCAUGGAGAGAAAGAGAGAGAGAGAGAACAUAGCAUAUAUGUAAUGUAAAUUAAAACCAUUUUUCCGGAAAGACCUACAUUAUAUAGAUAUAUUUAUUACAAAUAUUUAAAUGUGUAUUUAUAAUGUACAUUGUAUAUAGAGAGAAAAUCCUAUGUGUGGGAGGAGAAUUUUAUUAUUUAUAAAGUGAAUGAAAUGGAAGGAAUUUGCUGUAGCAUUACAUAUGUUUUAGGACAUGAUGAUAAAGGGAGAUAGAUAUGGCGGUAAAUGUGUGAAAAUCCAUGCCAGAGACUUUUUGAGCAGAAAAAUCAAAAGGAGUAUCCAAGUUUACAUAAUUAUAUAGCAUAAAAAGUAUUGUGUGUUAAUUUACAAUUAUUCAAGGCACAGAUGAAGGGUGGAAAUGGGUUAAAAGAAUCCUUAGAAGACUUACUUCAAGGAUUGUUGAUUUUUUUUUAGAAUAGAGUAAAUUUUUCUUAGGCCUAACGUUUAAAUUUCAAAUUUUCUCUUUUAAAUUAAUCUUAAAUUUAUUUAAAGAAAAAAAAUCAUUUUCCAACAUAAAUAUUUUUGUUUUUCAAACAACAAUUUUUUUCUAAUCUAUUUUACUUUCUCUGAUCCAUAUUUUUGAAUUAAUAAAAUUUAUUGUUGUUCCCAACCCUAUUCACCCUGUCAGAUGUCUCGAAAAAGAAUUUGUAAAUAUCCUCAAUUUUGUAACAUAUAAAUUUAAAAGAAAAACGUGCAAGAUCAAGUAAAAAUUCAUUAUAAAAGAAUUUUUAUAUAGAUGAUAAAACUAAAAAAAAUCCAACGGGACGAACAAUCUUACAUGAUUCGUUUAUUAUUUUCUGUGAUAGUUCUCAAAAAAAAAACAUCAAUUAAUUUCAUUUUAUAGUCAAGAUAUUUUAUGUGGAAUAAAAUUGCAUUCGUUAGAGAAAACAAAUCCACAACUGCAGCUCUUUUUUUAACAUUCCGCUUCUUACCAUCAUUCCAUUUGUGAUGUGAAUGUGUAAAAAACAAAAAAAAAUCUCUUUCUGUGUAUAAAAAAAAUGCUCCGACAAUCUCUCUAAAAUCUCAAAGCAAAAAUUGAUGCAAUUUUUUGAAAUAAAUAAAAAUUAACACGAAGGUACGCAAAGAAAAAAAAUCCGAAUGAAAUAAAACUCUUUGAUAAAAAAAUUAAUUUAAAAAAAAAAAGAAUAAAUAAUUUUCUAAAUUAGUGAAAAUUAAAAAAAAAAAAAGAAAACUACCUUUAGAAAGUGAGAAUGUGAAGAAGAAGAAAUGAUAUUGUCCUUAAAUAUUUUCUAGUCCAGAUAGCAGUUAAUUGAGUAUAUGUAUAUUGAAAUAAAAAAUUUUGAAUAUUAGUCUUUAAGUAAGAAAAAGAAUAAAAUAAAUAAAAUUCCUUUUAUUGCAAAAAAUAGGCAUUAAAUUAACGUGAAAAAUGAUAUAAGUAAUAAGAGGCAUAUUAAAUGAAUAUUUGAAGAUGAAGAAAAAAGAGGUCUAACCAUACGUCAUACGAUUAAAGAGAAAAAUUCGCUAAUUAGUCCCACACAAAAGAGUGAUAAUGAAACAUUUUUAAAAAUUUCCAUUUAUUGUAGUUUCAAAGUCAAAAUAAAUAAUUAAAAUUUUUAUUUUGAAAUUUUUCAAUUUUCUCAUUUGAUUUUGAGUGAAAAAGAAAUUUCUUAAUUAAAACAAAAUAAGGGGGAAACGGGCUGAUAAAGUUUUAAAAAGGAUUCUUAGGAAAAGCUCGAAAAUAUCAUAUUUUCCAAUGAAAUAUCCUUGAAAUAUCCAUUGGGAAAUACGAUAUAUGUACAUUCGAGCUUUUUCGUCAACUCUUGUCUAACAAUAUGUAAGCCUUGAUCUCCCACUAAACCAAAUUCAAAUUUUGAAUUUAUUUUUGUAAAUUAAAAAUUAAACAGUGAGUGAAGAAAAAAUUAUUCAAUCAAUGAGAAAAUAUUGUAAAUUAUGUAUAACUUAUUUAUACAGAACAUUAUCAAAUGUAUAUAAAUAAUAAAAUCUAUAAUAGAAAAUCUCUAUCAACUUCAAA